AUGUUGGUUGUUUUACGUAAUAAGCCAAUCUUCUUGUACAGGUGCGCAAGUCAAGUCAAUUUCCAUGUUUUAGAGUGUUUUAGUCAGAAAUUUAUUCUUUUUGCUGAAAUUACAGAACAAACCGCAAUGUGGUUUUCUGGUUCCGUGCAUGAUGCAUUCGAUGUACAAAUUCAUGAUUCUUUUGAGCAAGCAAGAACUGACAUUGCUCUCUUAAUAACAAUUGCUGCCAUUACCAUCGAAAUAUCUUUACAAUUCUUCGCUUUCCAAUCCGUUAUGAAACGAAGAAAUAUUCAUUUCGAAACUCUUCCAUCACGUUGUGCUUGA